AUGGCUUCUGAAGACUUCGUGGCUCCUCUCGAGAGCUUCCCCACCCUGCAGCCGGCCUUUGUCAUCAAGGUUAGCAUUGCCGGUCAGUUCCCUUGUGGAGACAUCUACACUGGUUCUUCCCUCGUUGGUGUUCCUCUUGGCUGGGGCACCUUGAAGUCUGUCGCGGGUUUCGAGCCCAAGCUGGACAUGACUCUCAGCCAUGGCCACGACUGGUUCCGUAUUGAUGCGGACAAGACCCACGCCCGCCUUAGUGUUUCUUGCAUCAUUUCAGACAAGGAGAACCGGUCCAUCCGCCUCGAGGCCAAUGGCGUCUCCCAACUGACCCCGGCCAUUCUUGGGCUGAUCACCGGCUCCCCCGAUGCAAAGACUCCUCCUUUUGGAGAUGGAAUUGAGCAAAUGACAAUCACAUCAGGCCAUGAGGCCUACAAGCCCCUGGAGGGCAUGAUGUUUGCUUGCAGCCAGCGCUUUGCCAUUAGCGAGACCGGUGAACCCCUUGCUGAGAUUCGUGUUUCUCGUAUCCUCUGCGGUACCGGUGAUGUGUAA